AUGUGGAAUUUAUCUAAAAUUUUUGUGGUCUUUGGAUUCAUUUCACUCUACAGUCGUCAUGUAAUUGUAGGAUCUCCAGUCAUGAGUGUAAAUCAAGUUUCAACUAGACCUUAUAGAAAUAAUACACAAAAUACACCAAGGAUAAGAAGUAAUUCAUUUCAAAUGUUACGAGAUCCUUGGUUUCAUCCAAAAGAUGGCAUUUUAGCAACUGCGAACACUAAAGUGUUUGCUAUUUUAAAAGAUAACAAUACAAAUUUAGAAUGCCAUGAAAUCAAUAAUGCUGUCCAUGAUAUUGUUGCUCGUUCUAGCCAUUUAUUUUUUGCUCAAACCACAAGUGAAGUUUUUAGCAAUCGUCAGCGAAGGAAUCGUUAUAGUAGAGAGAGACGCUUAAGAACAAGAAAAAUGACUCCUAAAUAUACAAAAGUUGUUUAUCCUGAACUUGCAAUAGCAGUGUCUUAUGAGUAUUUCAAAAAAUUCAAGUUUGACUAUUGGACCAUCAUACCCUACCUGCUGUCAUUCUGGAACGCAGUAGACAUGAGAUACAGAGGUUUGGAGAAUCCAAAAUACAGAUUCCACAUAUCACAAUUCAUUUUUGAAGCAGAACCUGGCAACUUUAAAUUUUUAAAAGAAAAUGGAAGUCCAGAUUAUUUGACUUAUGACUGUGUUUAUAAUGCUCGUAAUUUUUGGUAUGAACAAAAAGAAUUAAUUCCCUUGGAUUCAUAUGACAUGAUAAUAAUAAUGACUAGCUCCAUUAUCUGUAUGAAAUAUGACAAAGUAACGAAUAAGUGUCUUCCACAAAUUUUUGGUCAGGCUUGGCCAUCUGGUGCAUGUUCAGUACAUCACAAUAUUAAACAAAUUGAUAAACUCGCGAUUAUUCAUGAUAAUGGAGCAUAUGAAGGAGUAACCACUGCAGCACAUGAAAUAGGACACCUAUUAGGGGCUUUAGAUGAUGGUGUAAGUGUGUAUAAUUCCACUACUGAGGAGUGGGGUCCUCCACAAUGUGAUCUAUGGGAUGGCUACAUCAUGUCUGGUAACAAACAAGCAUCUCAAAAUGCUUUCGAAUGGUCUGAAUGCAGUGUGAAAAAGUUUGAAAAAUUUAUAUACUCAGAAAGUGCUUCAUGUCUUUAUAAUAAACCCAAAAGUGUUGGACGUCCAAUUCCAAGAUAUUUACCUGGAAAACUAAUGAAUGCUGAUGAGCAAUGCAAACAAGCUGGAGCAAUAGAAAGCUGUGAGGAUAAAGUUUCGAAUUGUAUAAUGUUGCAAUGUCGAUUUGAAGAUGAAGGGUGUAUAAAUACAACAGCUCCCGCGGUUGAAGGAACAAAUUGUGGUUUGAAUACUGUCGGACAUAUUUGCAUCCAUGGUGAAUGUGUACCAGAGAUUAAUUUUAUUUGACUUAAAGUCUGAAAUAAACCAC